AAAAUCUGCAUCGACAUGAAGCCUAUGGACUCGGCGACAGGGCGUGGGAAGGCGCUGAGGUUAGCCGUCACGGGUCUGAUCGCAUGGGCUUCCGUCCAUUAUAUCUCGUCCAUCUCUUCUGAAACCACAUCUAUCUCGCAGUUGGAACCUCAGACCAAGUUCUCCGUUCACAAUCCAUACAGCAAAAGAGAAGUCAGAAAGAGAAACCGAGUCCAAACGCCGACACGUAAGACUUUGCGAAAUCCUUCCAAAAAGAAGCAAGAACUCCGUACCAAGCCAGUGCCCCGUGUAAAGAUUCUGAACAUCACAAGUUUCUCCGGAAUCGAUCAGAAUAACCCGGGUCUUGUCGCCUACGUCCGCCAACGCAUGCGGCCCCCGGCUCCGACAUCGCAGCCCUACAACCUCGCGAACCCUGACAAGACCGACUUCUCCCAGUGUAACCAGAGCGCCUAUGCCGAUAAGGAGUUCCUUCACGGGAUGACUAAUGGCUUCUUCGUGGAAAUGGGGGCGGUCGACGGAGAGAUAUUCAGCAACUCCCUCUACUUCGAGAGGGCGCUGAACUGGACAGGCCUCCUGGUAGAACCCAACCCCGAAGAUUAUCAGACGCUCACGACCCGCGGGAGAAAGGCCUACUCCAUGCACGCUGCCGUCUCGCCCAAAAACACGUCCGGGAUGAGUAUUUUCAACAGGAGGAGCCAGCUCUUCGGUCGCCUGGGCCCGGACGAAGGAACCGGAGUACCCGUUUGGCGCUUCCCUCUCUACGCCAUGCUCGCCGCCCUCAACGUUACUGUCGUCGAUUUCCUCUCCCUAGAUGUGGAGGGAGACGAACUGGAGGUGCUGCAAACCAUCCCUUGGAAAAAAUACCAUUCGCCUAUGGGUUUAGAUAAACCAGUCAAGGAAGGGGCCCCAAAGUCUUGA